UGCUUUUUCAUUGGUUGAUACAAUUAACCAUGCCAGUGCAUUGUCAUUUUACAAUUAAAAGCACCAUUGAAAAUGAGGGUAGAGGUAGAAAGAAAAGACGCCUUUUGCGUCUCUUACUAUAAUUAUCCACUUUUAGCUCAUUCUAUGUAUGAGCACUCUUAGCACCAAAGAGUCCAAGAAGACAACAAGAACAAAACCAUGAGUGACCCAAGCGGCCAAUCUUCAAUAACAACUGUCGGUGGAGACGCCGGUGGUGGUAAUAGCGGCGGCAGCAGUGGAAGCGGUAGCUCGUUUGCUAGUCAGCCGCAGAGAGCAAAGGUGAGGAAGAAAGUGUGGGCUGGAGUUCUCAGCAUCUCUUCCGCCUCCUCUAACCAAUAAUAUUUUCACUUUUGGCAAAAAAAUGUUGGUGGUAAUUGUAAUGCUUUUGAUCAUUGUUCUUGUUAACUAAACUAUGUAUAAAUAAGCUAGCGAGAUAAUGACCAUCAUCAUCAUUACUGUAAUGAGAUAUUGAAUAUAUAAUUUUGCUUUCAACU